CUGCACCUCUCCAUGUUCUAAUUUGCUCCACAAAGAAACAAUCAGCUGAAGACCUCUCUCUGUCCCUCCCUCUCUCUCUCUCUCUCUCUCUCUCUCUCUCUCUGCGUGAAAAGAAAAAUAAAAUAAUGGGUUCACCACCUUAUGGCUUUCUCAGGAAAAACAUCAGGUUCUUCAAAUUUUUCAUGGUUCUGUUCUUGAGCUGUUUCUGCUAUAAAACGAACCUUUGUUCUAAACUUCCGCCUGCCUCCCAAAGUUCUUUAAACCUGGAAACACCGGCAGGCUUCCUCUCACUGGAAAAGCUACACAUAGAUGGGUAUUUCAGCUUUGUGGAUGUAGAUUUUGCAGCCAGUGACUUCGGCAACAUGUCCCAUAAACUUCCAUUGGCAAUUCUGUACCCACAAUCAGUUCUUGACAUUUCCACAACCAUCAAGCUUAUUUUUGGCCUAGGUACAUACACAGAAUUGACGGUUGCCGCCAGAGGCCAUGGUCACUCCCUCCAUGGUCAAGCACAAGCCUCUAGAGGCGUAGUCAUCAACAUGGAGUCACUCCGGGAACCAGAAAUGAAAGUUUACACCGGGAAGCCGCCUUACGUCGACGUCUCCGGCGGUGAACUAUGGAUAAAUGUUUUGAAUGAGACUCUCAAAUACGGGCUCGCCCCAAAAUCCUGGACGGACUACCUUCAUCUCACCAUUGGAGGCACUCUAUCGAAUGCUGGUAUCAGUGGACAGGCGUUUCGGCAUGGACCUCAGAUCAACAACGUCUACCAGCUAGAGGUCGUCACAGGUAAGGGAGACAUAGUCACCUGUUCGGAGAAGCACCAUGCUGACCUCUUUUAUGCUGUUCUUGGAGGGCUUGGACAGUUUGGCAUUAUCACCCGAGCCAGAAUUGCUCUUGAACCAGCACCCCAACUGGUCAAAGUGAUUAGAGCUCUCUACCCAAAUUUCUCCAGCUUUGCCAAGGACGAAGAAGAAUUGAUAUCCCUCAAGGAUGCAUUUGACUAUAUCGAAGGAUUUGCCUUGGUGAACAGAACUGACCUCCUCAAAGAUACGUCCUUCAAUCCCGAUGAAUUGCUUCAAGCCAGCCAAUCCAGUUACGAUGGAAGAACUCUCUACCGUCUGGAAGUGGCAGCAUAUUUCAACGCAGAUGAUAGGGAUGCCACAGACGAGAAAAUAAACUCUUUGUUGCCUGGGUUGAAUUAUAUUCCAUCAACGCUUGACAUUUCGGAAGUCUCAUACUUAGAGUUCCUAGAGAGAGUGCAUGAUUCUGAGACGCAACUCCGGAAACAAGGUUUAUGGGAAGUUCCUCACCCAUGGCUAUGCCUUCUCAUUCCCAAAAGCAAAAUUCACAUAUUCACAGAGGAGGUGUUCGGCAACAUUCUUGAAAGCAACAACAAUGGUCCCAUUUUAAUCUACCCAGUUAAUAAAUUCAAAUGGAUCAAAAACACAUCUCUGGUUACUCCAGAUGAAGAUGAGAUCUACCUAGUAUCAUUGCUACCCUCAGCAGUGCCAUCUCUUGCAGAAACAGAUGGCUUAAACCGCAUUUUAGCACAGAACAAAAGAAUUCUAGAGUUCUGUGAAACAGCCCAGCUUGGGGUGAAGCAGUAUCUGGGGCGCCACAGCAGCCAGCCAGACUGGCAAGCUCACUUUGGCAAUGGCUGGGAAGUUUUUAAGACGAGGAAAUUGACCUAUGAUCCUCUGGCAAUCCUUGCCCCUGGCCAUGGAAUUUUCCAAAAGGGAAUACCCAUCUAUUAAUUAAUAAUGGACUCUGACAUAUGGUGUAAUUUACUCUUACAUAAGCCACAUAAUACACAAGGGCCAUAAAGACAUGCAGAAAACCACAAUGCCAAUUACAACUUGACCAAUAAUUUGUGGGAUACCCCACAGCAAUUAGUAAGCAUCCAAGGAAGUCUAUGGCUAUGUUCACAUCUCUGUACCUUAGUGGAGAACUUGCAUGAAAGCUUCAUGUAUGUAGUUUACAUGCCAGGUUGUAAGCAGAACUACAAACGGAUUAAACAGAGAAUUACAGAAUGAUUCCAUAGACCAUAUGCAAAAUCAUUUUUUACUCUUAUGAAGAUAGCAAAUAGCUGUUUUAUAAAAUAGUUCAUAGCCAUAAAUUAAUAUUUUACAACAGAACUCAGAGUCUUGAGUGCUCUGACUGCAACAACUUCAAACGUAACAGUAUCAAAGCAUAUUAUUUUGAAUCUGUAGCUUCAGUCCAGCCAAGACCUGGUCUAUGUGUUGCAGCCUCUGGCUCUUCGUAGUCCCGCGCAUUCCGAAGUGAAGCUUCGAAGUCUGUAAAAUCACUUGCGACAGGAAGAAAACUACUUAUAUCAUCUCUAGCCCCAAAGCCUCCAGCUUGAAUAACAUCAUUGGAUGCUAUGGAGGCCUCCAUGUUUACCUCCCCAGGGCUACCCGUAUUUCCAAGAGUUGCACCAUGUUGUACACUGGAACCAUCUUUAGAAACAUCUGUAUUAACUAAACUGUUUUCUGAAGAACCCAGC